CCUUCGCAGGAGACCUACAAGCUGCCGCACCGGCUGAUCGAGAAGAAGAGGCGCGAUCGCAUCAACGAGUGCAUCGCCCAGCUGAAGGACCUGCUGCCCGAGCACCUCAAGCUGACGACUCUCGGUCACUUGGAGAAGGCGGUGGUUCUCGAGCUCACCUUGAAGCAUGUGAAAGCGCUAACCAACCUCAUCGAGCAGCAGCAGCAGAAAAUAAUUGCUUUGCAGAAUGGUUUACAAGCGGGUGACCUGUCAUCAAGAAACCUCGAUUCCAGCCAGGAAAUGUUUCGAUCCGGUUUCCAGAUGUGCGCCAAGGAAAUGCUGCAAUACCUGGCGAAGCACGAGAACGGCAAGGACCUGAAGUCGUCCCAGCUCGUCAGCCACCUGCACCGAAUGGCCUCCGAGGUGCUGCAGGGCGGAGCCGGCCGCAAGGCCGCCGACAUCCCUCCCAAAGCGGUGGACUUGAAAGAGAAACCCGUCUCCUUGACCAAAGCGGCGGAGGGCCACGGGAAAAACUGCGUGCCUGUGAUCCAGAGGACAUUCGCUCACUCCAGCGGGGAGCAGAGCGGCAGCGACACGGACACGGACAGCGGGUACGGGGGCGAGCUGGAGAAAAGUGACUCCAAAUGCGAGCAGCAGUAUUUCAAAAAGGAUACCGAACUGAAGUACGCUGUCCAGGAGAGAAUAAGCUCUAUUAAGCAAGAGACUGAGGAUCCGCCGGCCAAAAGGAGCAGGCUGGAGUCGCCGGAGGACGAGGGCCCUUUUGGCAGCGACAUGAUGGGCUCUUCCAGCAGCUUCCUGGGCCCCCACGCUCACCAGCCCCCCCUGUGCCUGCCUUUCUAUUUGAUCCCGCCAUCCGCCACGGCCUACCUGCCCAUGCUGGAGAAGUGCUGGUACCCGGCGUCCGUACCGGUCUUGUACCCCAGCCUGCCGGCCUCUGCCGCAGCACUCACGGGGUUCAUGAACCCCGAUAAGAUCUCCCCGCCUCUGCUGAUGCCCCAGAGACUCCCUUCUCCCGUACCGGCCCAUUCCCCUAUCGACUCCUCGGCUCUGCUUCAAGCUUUGAAGCAGAUUCCUCCUUUGAACUUGGAAACCAAAGACUAA